UUAUAUAAUCCCUAAUUACAUCUUCCUUCCUCACAAAUUUUCUCUCUACAGCGGCGUCUAUUAAAUCUCUGGCUUACUCACUGUCACUGGUGUUUAGAGAUGGAGAAAUCCGUGUCUCCAACUAAAGAAAAGGUUAGUGAACACAUAUAUGAUGAUAUUGCUUUAGUUAUUUUGUCUAAACUUCCUCUCAAAUCUUUGAUUCGGUUUUCUUGUGUAUGCAAAUCAUGGUCUCCUUUAAUUCAAAAUCCUUAUUUCAUGACUAUGUUUCGAAACAAUUUCUUAUCCAAGGACCAUUCUUAUUACAACGAUACAUCUCUUUUCCCCCCUAAUAGUACACCUUGGAAUAACCAUAACCAUAUUUGUAGACAUAAUUUGUGUUCUCUAUUUGGUGAGAGGUUUGAGAAUAUGGUCAAAUUAGAUUGGCCAAAACCAUUUGAAGACCCUUUUGAUUAUAUCAUCAAUGGUUCUGCUAGUGUUAACGGUAUUCUUUGUAUUCAAGUUGCGGGGAGAGGACCUGAGGGCAUUCUCGGUAAUGGAGAAGAAUUGGAGAGACAUGUAUUGUGGAAUCCAGCUACCGGGGAAUUCCAUAUCACCCCUCCUAGUCCUUUUUCAUUUGAAUCUCCUAGUUGGGAUCCCGUGAUUGAUUUUCAUGGAUUUGGCUAUGACCAAAAAAGAGAUGACUAUAAGAUUAUUAGAAAUGUUACAUUUUUUUAUAGAUUCGCCCCAGAUGUGAAUGAGACACGAAAAGAUGAUUUUGAUUAUCCCUUUUGGGAAAUGUAUUGUCUAAAUAGUAAUUCAUGGAAAAUACUUGAUAUAGACAUGCCUAUUCAUUAUUAUUCUAGCGGUGUUCAUGCGUAUAUAGAUGGAGUAUGUCAUUGGUGGGGUGAAAGUGAAACAUGUAAGGAAGUUUAUUUAGCUUCAUUCGACUUAAGCAAUGAGACAUUUGUUAAAACAUCAAUACCCUCGAAUAUGAGUGAAGCUGAUAUUGACAUUGGUAUUGAUGAUACUAGAUUCGUGUGUAGACACUUAGUGGUGUUAAAUGGAUCAAUUGGUUGGCUUACCUAUUAUGAAGAGGUGGCGCCUACUUUUCACAUAUCAAUUUUGGGUGAAGUUGGGGUGAAAGAGUCAUGGACAAAACUAUUCACCGUUGGUCCAUUGUUCGGCAUUGUGCAUCCCAUUGGAGUUGGCAAGAAAGGUGAUAUAUUUUUCAGAAAAGAUGAUAAUGAAUUAGUUUGGUUUAAUUCAAACACUCAGAGAAUGAAAGAGCUUGGUAUUAAAGUUGACUAUUGCUGCAAGAUAGUGGUUUACAAGGAAAGCUUUUUACCAUUUGCAAGAAAAAUUAAUUAGUUAUUUUCUUAGCAAUUGAGGCACUUGUCAAUGAUUAUUAUGAUUUUAAAUAAAAAUACUGAUUUCAGCAUUGUAUGUGUUUGCAAUGUCACAGAUGCUUUAUGUUAUGCAUUAGAUGUAUAUGACUCUGAUUUUCAGCAUUGUAUGUCUAAUAAUGCUAUAGAUACAAGUAAUUUUAAAUAAAAAAAAUAUUGAUUUUCAAGCA